AAUCUCCUCCUCCCUUGCCCAGUCACUAUCCCCUCUUCUCUCCCCUCGCCUAGUCACUAUCCCCUCUUCUCUCCCCUCGCCUAGUCACUCUCUCCUGGGCCACCGCUCUAAGACUGCUCUCCCUCGUCUCUGGUGCUAGGGUCAUUUUUGGUCCCUUUUCGGUACUUUUUGGGUCCUGUUCCAGUUGGAUCUUUCAGUCAUCAUGAUACCCUCUCCGCCAUUGUUCCUGUUGCUGCUCGGCCUCAUGGGAGCGCACGCCACCGCUCCCGUGUCCGUGGACCUCCGCACCGCCGCCGCCAUGGCGGCAGGUCUGUGUAACACUCGCCCUACAGACCUGGUGUUCAUCGUGGACAGCAGUAGAAGCGUGCGUCCAUCAGAGUUCGAGCAGGUCAAGGUGUUCCUGGCCAAGGUCAUCGAGGGACUGGAUGUUGGACCUGACGCCACACGGGUCGGAGUGGUCAACUAUGCCAGCCGCGUCAAGAAUGAGCUGUCUCUGAAGACCCAUAAAACCAAGGCAGGUCUGGUAAAGGCUGUGACUAAGAUCGAGCCCCUGUCCACUGGCACCAUGACCGGCCUUGCUAUCCAGUUCGCCCUCAACGUAGCUUUCAGCGAGGCUGAAGGCGCCCGUGUCAAGUCCCCAGAUAUCAGCAAGGUGGCCAUCAUCGUGACAGACGGUCGUCCCCAGGACAACGUAAAGGAUGUGGCGGCGCGUGCCCGGGACGCGGGUAUCGAGCUAUACGCUAUCGGCGUAGGGCGUGUAGACCUGAAUACGCUGAAGCAGAUCGCCAGCGAGCAGCUGGACGACCACGUGGACUACGUAGAGAGCUACUCAGUCAUCGAGAAACUCACCAAGAAGUUCCAGGAGGCUUUCUGUGUGGCGGACCUGUGUGCCACUGGAGACCAUGACUGUCAGCAGGUAUGCAUCAGCGCACCAGGGUCAUUCAAGUGUGCCUGCAAGGAGGGCUUCAGUCUACUGGAGGAUGGCAAAAGCUGCAGCGCCUGCAGUAAUGCCGCCACAGACGUAGUGUUCCUGAUCGAUGGUUCUAAGAGUGUGCGUCCAGAGAACUUUGAGCUGGUCAAGAAGUGGAUCAACCAGAUCGUAGACAAACUGGACGUCUCCGAGACCAAGGCUCACGUUGGACUGGUCCAGUACUCCAGCUCUGUCAAACAGGAGUUCCCUUUGGGUCGUUACAACAACAAGAAGGACCUGAAGGACGCUGUGAAGAAGAUGGCCUACAUGGAGAGGGGGACCAUGACGGGACAGGCCCUGCGCUACCUGACCGACAGCAGCUUUGCGCCAGCCGGUGGAGCACGGCCCGGGGUCGCCAAGGUCGGCAUCGUGUUCACUGAUGGACGCAGCCAGGACUACAUCGGAGACGCUGCCAAGAAGGCCAAGGAGCAAGGUUUUAAGAUGUAUGCUGUGGGCGUGGGUAAUGCUGUAGAGGAUGAGUUGAGGGAGAUAGCAUCACAGCCAACAGGAGAACACUACUUCUACACUGCAGACUUCAAAGCCAUGACAGCCAUCGCUAAGAAGCUGCAGAUCAACAUCUGUCAAGACGAGGACCCAUGUGAAUGUGACUCUGUCGUUAAGUUCCAGAAAAAAGUAGAAGAAGCCUUACAGGCACUAACGAAAAAACUGGAGGGCGUGUCGAAGAGGAUUGCUGCACUGGAGAACAAGAUCGUCUGAGGACACACAUACCCCAAACACCCCCCACAACACACACCCUGUUUUUACUUCCUGUUGAGUCUGAAGAGGCGUUUAUGACCUCUAAGCUUUGACCCCCGCCCCAUUUCUAUUUAGCACGCCUCUCUCUCUGCCUCACCUUGUCCAUCACUGUGUUUCCUGGAGAUGGAGCACCGGUCGCCAUGGUAACUCAUCUUCUGUCUGUGCCUCUGAAAGUCUCCCCCCCAUAGGCAGCCUGUGUGUGCGUUAAUAAAAGUCUUCCCUCAUAGGGAACCGAUGUUUGUAACACUGAAGGGUCCUAUCUUUAAGGCGGCCUGUGUGUGCACCCUGUUAAGGCUUCCCUAAAGGCAACUUGUAUCUCGUCAUUCCCAGUGGAACAGGACAUCAGUUCCAUCGAUCGUUUGGUUGUUAUGUGUCUCUCCCUGCAUCUCUCACUCUCAUCUCUUCCUUUCCCCUGUUGUCACCAUACGAAGGUAUCUAUUUUGUAUGGAAUAUAUAUAUAAAGGUAAUUUAAUAUAAUAUUGGUCUUAAAGAUACGUGUUGAUGAUUUUUUUAUUUUCCUAAAUAAAGACAUUUCAGGAAGUA